AUGGCCACGCUCGCCGCGUCCAUGGAUCCCAUUGAGAUUCCCGUCUUGCCUUCAGGCACGGUCAAAGACUUCAUCCCAUACCAUACUAGGAACAUAGACACACCAUUCGGCACACUUCUUGGACCAUUCAAGAAGUUUGAGAGUGAAAUUUGCAAGGUCUACGCCCAACAUUCCGAUCACGAUAUCGUCAAAGAUGGCAACGUCAAUCUCGUUCCUAUCUUUGCUGGCCACGAGCAAGAAUCCAAGAUCCGAGCACGAUCAUUGGUAGCCGAGUCCGAUGAGGAGAAUUCAAAAAACGCUGUCAUUGAAAACGACAUGCAGCUGUUGAAUUUUUUGCUAGAGAUUGGAGCCAAGCAACAAGCGCUUGCUGCCGAGGAAGAAGAUGAUCAGACCUGCUAUACCGGCAGCAUUGUAGCUUUCCACACUCCAAUCAAACGGGGAAGAACGAUAUCUGAAACGAUCAAGGCAACUGGUGUUGGUCUCCCGCUUAAUGAUCUGAUCAAGAAAUGCGGGAUUGGUAUGACUAAACCCCGUUACUAUCAAGGUUUGACUAUUACAGGAAAGAAGAGAGCUGAUUGGGCACGAGCUCCGGGACACAAUAUUCGAUCGAGUGGUUUAAGAGCGACGCGCCUUUACGAAGAUAAAAAGAGUUUGCGGAAAGCAACAAGCAUGACAAGAGAAUCAAGACAUUUGGCCAGUUCUGAAAACGAGUACGACAAUACCAUUGGGCAGUGGCUUGAUGCAAAGACUUCCGAAUCUCUUGAGCAAAAGUCCUCGGGAGGCUGGACACCGCUUCAAAUUGCAGUGCUCGCACAUCAGCCAGAAGUCAUCUCCAUGAUUUUCCCUGAAAAGCCGGGAGGCGCCAAAACUGACCCAGAAAAACUCCAGAGUCUCAUCAGCCUCUUUGAGAAGACCGCUGUACAAGAAAUGCUCCUCGAGCGCUGUACUGAACGCCCGGGCGCACUUACACCUCUAUCGUACCGGAUGGCGGAGAGCGGCAGAUCUCUCAAGAAACCAGACAUCGUCAAGAUUCUGGCUGAGCACUCGAAUGGCGAGGAUUUGGCGUUGAUCAAUGGCGAAGGUGAUUUGCCGUUGCAUGUCACUCUGGCCCCCCUAAUUGCAGCGGCAGCGGCAUUGUAUGCCUCACAAUGCCUCGCAACUGAGCUUCUAACACCAGAGAAGAUUGAAGCGGGUGUUCAGACCGUAGAGCAAGCAUCAAGCCUCGAACGCAAUCUCUAUUACCUCAACCAGAUUGCCGAAAACAACGGUGGCAACCGCGCCUUCGGCCUGCCAGGAUACACAGCAUCGUCGGAUUACGUGCUCGAACGCAUGCAAACGCAAUUUGGGGACCAAUUUGACACCUGGACGCAGAAGUUCAACCACACGUUUGAACAGACACGCGAGAUCGCUGUGAUCGGGCCUGCGGGGGAAAAUGUGGAUGUCUUGACGCUGUUGUACAACAAUCCGACGCCAGAGGGCGGCGUGACAGCUGAGCUUAUCGACACACCAGUGGAUGAUGAGAGGGGUUCCGCUUGUUUCGAUGACCAGUGGACGAAUAUUGAUGCCACCGGCAAAGUCGCCCUCAUCAAGCGCGGCUCCUGUGCCAUCUCCGACAAACUGAAGCUUGCCAAAGCCCGUGGCGCCCUCGCUGCCAUCCUAUGGCACAACUUGGACGGGACUCCCAACGGGGCGAGCCUCUCCGCUGAUAACAUCGGCCUCAUCGUCCCCGUAGGCCUCGUCAACAAGACCCAAGGCGAAGCAUGGAAAGCCCGCUUGACCGCUGGCGAGACCCUCACCAUCACCCUCCUCGUAGACUCCAUGUUCGAAGAAAGGGAAUCCUGGAACGUGUUUGCUGAGACCAAAGAAGGCGACCCCAACAACGUUAUUGUCCUGGGAGCCCACCUGGACUCCGUGCAAGUCGGCGCAGGUAUCAACGAUGACGGCUCGGGGACCAGCGGGAUAUUGGAGAUUGCGACGCAGUUCCGCAAAUACCAGGGGUUCCAGAACAAAGUUCGGUUCGCGUGGUGGGGGGCGGAAGAGAGCGGGCUCAUCGGGAGUCUGCACUACACUUCUGGCUUGACGGAGGCCGAAGCGGACACGAUCCGCUUCUACUUCAACUACGAGAUGAUCGCAUCGCCGUCCCCAACCUGGGCCGUCUACAUCGGCGACAACCCCGGCGACGCCGUCGGCGCCCAGCUCCUGCUCGACUACCUCGUCGCGGCGGGGAAGCCGGCCGCCUUUGGCAGCUUUGGCACGGGCAGCGACUACGUCGGCUUCCUGCAGCUCGGGAUCCCCUCGUCGGGGCUCUUCAUGGGCGCCGGAGCGCCAGCGGAUCCGUGCUACCAUCUGGCGUGCGACACGCCGGCCAACGUCGAUGUGGAAGUGUUGACGCUGAAUUCCAAGGCCGCGGGCUAUGUGGCUGCCACGCUUGCGCUCAGUCUCGAGGGCGUGCCGCCCCGGAACCGGACGAGCGUCAAUCGCAGGAGCAAGAUGUUUCUCCGGCGGGAGUUCCAGAGGUGGGAGGCUGCGGCUCUGGAGGCUGCUGAUGGACACAUGUGUUCGCAUAAGAGCAAGAAUACGGUGUAG